UGCGGUAACGUAAUAACUCGAUGCCACGGCCGGCGCCAUUAGGAACCGCGGACUCCCAAAACCAGCAGCGCUGAACACAGGAAGCAAAACCCGCUUCCCCUCCGGCUCGAUUCGAUCCUUCUCCGUCCUCCGAUCAUGGCGUCCUCCUCCUCCUCCUCGCAUUUCGAGGAUCCGUCAGCGAGGCGCCCGCCGCCGCCGCAGAGGAAGCCACCGGUGCUGAUGCUGCUCCCGCUCAUCUACGCCCCCGUUCUGCCCCUCAUCAGGAUCGGGCUGCGGCAUAACCCGGUGUGGAGGGACCGCCUCUUCUACGGCGUCCUCGCCGGCGCAUUCGUGCAUGGCACCUACCUCAUAUCGGAACUGUACGACGUGGAGAGCAAGUGAAUCAAGCCCUCCAAAGCUCCAGCUAGGAGUUUGCGACAGCAAUUUGUGACGAUUGCAAGUCUACGAUUGAUGAGGGGGGUGACUGGUUUUUCAUAUUAGCAUGUUUGCCCUCUACCUGUUUCUAUUAAUUCGAUUCAAGGUUUGUGUUUGCUAUACUGAUAGAAUGCUUGGGCACACAAAAUAAUCUUGACUGCCAGAGCAAUGCACCUGGCAACACUUGCAAAUUCUCUAUUGAUCUCAGUUAUCUAUUCCUCCUUAAGGUGUUGGUCUGUU